AUGCAAAAAGUAUCCCGUGGUUCGGCACCGUGCAGGAAUGGUUGCGGGAAGCAGGCCGAUGAAGAGUGUGAUGGUCACUGCAAGAAUUGCUACAACACAUUGAUGGCCCCGGUGCAGAAAUAUUUGGAUCUGGAGACGGAUGAGGAGCGCGUCAUCAACCCGUUCACCGGAGAGAUUGAAGGGGCUUUCGAAAAUGUGGUCGGCACUUCGACAGAGACGAACUAUCAGCCAAUUCCGGAAGCUAUCACCACGAAGGUCGUUAAUCGAUGUGGGGUGUGUAAAAAGCGUGUUGGACUGCUAGGCUUCAUCUGUCUGUGUGGUGGCCAAUACUGCGUCUCUCAUCGCUACGAUUCCGCCCACGACUGCAAAGUCGACUACCAAACCCUGGAACGGGAAAAGCUGCGCAAAGCCAUGCCCAAGUUCACCAUUGAAAAGAUUCAAAAACUC